GUUGCACCGGAAGAGGAACAUCGGCACAAAAUGGCUGUCAAAAUAUACAUCGCCUUCUUUGGGCUGUGCACGCUACAUGUUGCAAGCUCCGGCUUCCUCGGCUCGGCCGUCCAGACCGUAUCGAGCACUGCCCUGACCGACAUCCAAACCGUGAUAGUCAACUUGCAGAAUGUGCUCUCAGGCUCAGGGGAAAAGGCAGAGAAGUUGCUUCAGAAACUGAUGUACAAGAGUUCCAAUCCAGAAGGCAUUCAGGGACUGGUCAAGGAGAUUAACAUGGCCAUCUCCCAAGCUGUUCCGGCGAACGCAACAGCUGACUUGACCCCAUGUUUCGACGCGGGUAAACCGAAUAUUUCGGACAUGGUACACAAAGCAGGAGAGGGGGCGCAGACCUGCUACAGGCAGGCGGACGCGGCGCUGCAACCCUACAGAAACAACAUCGAGCAGACCAUCAAGAAGACCGCCCAUCUCAUGGUCGAAGCAAAGAGCAACCUCACGUCCUGUGUCCUGGCGCUGAGAGGCUUGGCUUCGUGUGCCGCUCAGGUCAACAAGCAGGUGUCUGCCGUCAGCGACAGUUAUGUAGCCGACAGCGACUUCCAGACGGCCGCCGACCAGGUCGCCACACAGUUCCAGGACUGUUCCAUCGCGGUGCAGGACGAAGCCAUCGCCACUGCCGUGUCGGUCAUCCGAGCAGCGCGGCAGUGCGUCCGGGCGAGGACAGCUUAGUGCAGGGGAAGCACCCCGCUCCUUACACGUAGUACUCAUUGUGACUGUGAGAAUAAAGUGAAUGAAACAUAA